CAAGUUAGCCAUUUUGUCCUAGAAUUGUGAACUCUGCUUUUCGGGCAUCCUUAUACUUUGAAAACGUGGCGCAUCUUCAAGCAAUGCAGUAAUUGUCCCGUGUUGAUAUUCUGGCCUUCCCCGGGACACCAAAUGACAAGAGAGAGAAAAAAAAAGAGAGAUAAUUGUCUCUAGUGAUAAUAUCCUUUCAUGAUUUAAUGUCCCAAGUUGCCUUUCUUCUUUAUUUUGUCUCGAUUCUGAAAUUUUGAGCUUUUUGUACCAGUUGAUAUUUGUGCUGUGCUCUGGCGCCCUCUAGCGUAAGAGAGGAACAACACCUGGUGGGAUAAAAGGGUGGAAAUGAGGUGUGUGUGGGAAGGUAUUGAAAAUUGAAGUAAAGCCAAGAUUUUUUUGUACAUUUGUCUGAUUAUUUAUUCCGACGUGUCCCCACUGGUGUUAAUAUUAAGCUUCGCCAGCGUUAUUGCAGUAUAGUUUAUGCCGCGGUUGACUCAAAAUUGUCUUUCAGGUAUGAGCGCUUAAAAAUGUUAUUCCAUGUUAUUUUGUACUAAAGCAUCACCUGUCUGAAUCAAUGCCAGGAUGCGGUUGAAUGAAGGGCGCUCAGUCACCGCCUUCUUCCGGAGCCUCCAGCGAAUGGCGUGUCUCCGGAGGCGUGGCCACGUAGGGCAGGCGUGUUUGGCAACAGGUUGCUCUGGCAGCCACGAGCAGGCAGCUCCGAUAGUCCCCUCGGUCUCAUCACAAGAGGACGCUUCGGGAUUAUUUCCGUGCAGGCGCCAGCCAGAAAGUGGACAUGAGCACACUAUCCGCCGACAGGAAGCCUGUCGUGGACUACGGCGUUCAGAUCCGCUUCAUCAAGGACCUCCACGACACGGGUGGCGCGCCGCCAGACAAUACCAGGGGAAGCAACGCCAUCUCGCCCCAUCCCGCCAGCAAAUAUGGGGUGGCGGUGCGUGUUCAAGGAAUCUCCGGACAGCCGUACGUGGUGCUGAACGACGGCGCCAAAGGCGACUCGUACGGCGUUCAGCUUAACACACCGGCCACCGGCCCCGCAGCGCCCUCAUCAUCGUACAAGGGCGCUCCCAAAAGCAAUGGUACAGCGGAGUUCAUCACCCCUCACGCCGCCGGUGCGAUUCAUGCACACUCCCCAGAAGACGAGGACGGGGAAAUCUAUCGCAGCCCCUUGAGAAGACCUCCGGGGGACGGGCAGGCGGGCACUCAAGGGGAGGAAGAGGCCAGGACUGCAGAACCCCAAGCCAAGGCGGCUGCUAGUGAAGCACAGAAAGAGCGGGAUGGGACUAGUGAGGAAGAGUACAAUGAAGCCGGGUUGAAACCAGUCAAGGUGACGAACGCUGCCGGACCCAGGGGGUUCAAACAAAACGGAUUGACGGGGUCCCCUUCCAAAUACGCCGACAAGCAGCUUCCGGAGUCACCUACGGAGCCCCGGGCGUCGACCGACGAGAAGCCCAUCGACACCAACUCGUUAGCUCCAAUCAAUAAGCUCAUCAAUAAAUUCAACAACAGGACGCCAGGCGGCACCCCGCAGACCAGGGGCCGGAGCGGCGCCCGGCAGCAGCUCAGGUUUGAAGAACGCAAGCGCUCCAAAAGCCUGGAGGCCCGGAAGGAAACUUCCCGGCCCUCGCUGCCUUCGCCGACUUUCAACCCCUACGGUUCCCUUCUGUCUUCCGACUUGUCGAGUCGUGACGCUGCGCCGCCGGAGGCCCCGCAGAUGAGCUUCACAUCACGGGCAAAGUACAGUGCCAAGGAGAGAGGCCAAAAACCCGAGAUACCGCCGAGGACCCAAAAAUUCGCUGGGGAGAAGGUUCAAGCCAAACCAGCUCUUUACAACGGUGCCAAAGAAGGCACCAAUGAGAUUGAAGCACCCCUCGAAAGUAAGACCGCCAUUGUUUACGAGACGACCAGCACCUUGAAGGAUGGACUCCAGAAGAAAUGUAACACCGUGGAGCUCGAGGAGCAACUCGCUCACUGCAAGAAGCAGCUGCAGCGAGCCCAUGAAGAGUUGACCGAGGAGCGCCUCGGUCGAGAGAUGGCCGAGUCUCGCCUUCGUCUGCAGGAAGAUCAACUGGCCGAGCUCCAGGAGGCGCUCAGGAGGGUCUCGGAAACGGCGUCCCACCCCGACUCGCUGAGGACGGACGUGGCGAGCCUGCGGGCAGAGCUGGCCGAAGCGUCGGCGCGGCGCCGGCAUCAGGAUGAGACGCUGCGGCAGCGCGGGCGCGAGCUGACGGCCCUGAAGGGGGCGCUCAAGGAGGAGGUGGAGUGUCACGACCGCGAGAUGGAGAUGCUCAGGGAGCAGUACGGACUGGACAUGAACAACCUCAGGAAGACCAUGGAGCAGCUCACGCAGUCACAGGAACAGAUCGAGCAGGAGCGCGAGCACGUCAACGCAACCCUGGUGAGCCUGGAGGAGGAGCUGGACAGCUGCAGGGAUCAAGGAGAGCACUGGAAGUCGCAGCUGGACGCCACCUCGCAAGAGCUGCAACAAACGCAACAAACGCUGCUGAAGUGUCAGUUGGAAAAAGGAGAGUUUGAAAGCAAACUGAAGGAAGUCCAGGACUCGCAGCUCGCUGUGCACGAGCAGAGCUCGCCCUCGUCGGACGAGGAGCUUCAGCGUUGCCUGGACGAUCUGCACCAGGCCCGCAUGGCAGCGGAGGAGCAGAGGGCCGCCCUGCGCGACCAGAGCGAGACUCUGGAAGCCCUGGAGAGAGAGAGCGGCGAGCGCGAGGCCCGGCUCCUGGCGCAGAUCGCCGACAUGGAGGCGCAGAAGGCCGAGCUGGAGAAGGCCCUCCAGAAAGCCAAAGAGGCGUCUUCGGCUUCUUCCGUGGCGGAUCACAGCACCAACAUGGAGCUCCAGGAAACAAACGCUCGCCUCCGAGAGAGGAUCGCCCGCAUGAGGCUGCACUCCAGCGCUGCCAGGAGCCCCGAGGCCGAGGAGGCGAUCGAGGCCCUGGAGGACGAGAACCGCUCCCUCAAGUCCCAGCUGGAGGAGGCCAAGCGAGGGACGUCGCGCCUGAGCAAGGAGAGGGACGAGCUGAGCCGCCGCCUGGAGGAGCGGGACCUGGAGCGCGAGGCCCUGCGGCGCAGCAAGGCCGACCUGGAGGAGCAGAAGAGGCUCCUGGACCGAGCGUUGGAGAAGAUGAACAAAGAGGUGGAGGUGGUGAUGGGCGACUCCCGUCAAUCGGUGGCCGCCCUGCAGACGCAGCUGGAUGAGUCCAGGGAGCGCGCCAGGAAGGACUUGUUGGAGGCGCAGCGCAACAACAAGGACCGCAUGGCCGAGCUGCAGAGGGCACUGAGCAACCUCAAGACUCAGCAGGAGGAGGUGUCGCGGCUGAAGAAGGAACUGCUGAGCUGCAGCGAGGAGCGAGACGGCGCUCAGCUGGAGCGAGACCUGCUCAGCAACCGUCUCAAGCACUUGGAGAGCGAGCUGGAGUCGCAGAAGGGAACGCAUACGGACCGCAACCGUGAGAUCAGGGGCCUGGAGGACAAGAUCAAGACGCUGGAGAUCGAGUUGGACGAGGAGCGGAGCGGCGUUGAGCUUUUGAACGAUCGCAUCACGCGCAGUCGAGAUCAGGUGGACCAGCUCCGCUCCGAGCUGAUGCAAGAGCGCUCGGCCCGACAUGACCUAGAGAUGGACAAAAGUGCCAUUGAGAGGCAGGUGAAGGAGCUGAAGUCGCGCGUGGCCGACAUGGAGGGACAGACGAGACCCUCGGCCGGCAUCGCCGUGCUGGAAAGCAAAAUUCAGGAGCUGGAAGAGAGGCUGCGCAGUGAGGAACGAGAGAAGAGCGGCAUCCAGGCUUCUCAGAGACGAACCGAGAGGAAACUGAAGGAGGUCAACGCCACGCUGGACCAGGAGAGGAUCCAGCAUGUAGAACAAAAGGAUCAGCUGACCCUGCGCGUGAAGGCGCUCAAGCGGCAGGUGGACGAGAGCGAAGGGGAGGUGGAGCGUCUGGAAGGAGUACGCAGGAAGGUCCUGAGGGAUCUGGAGGAGCAGCAGGAGCUCCAGGAGGCACUGCGGGCCAAAGUCACAGCCCUGGAAUCGGAAUUGAAACGGAAGGCACAGCACUCUCAUCGCAGCACUUUGGCCACGCUGAGCUCCGAGGACGACGACGCCUUCUACGACGUCAACGUUGCCGCCAUCUUGAAUGAGAGUCACCACCAAGGCUCCAACUGUUAAGAGCCGCCCCUGGCUCGGUGCUUUCAUUUCUAGUCAAGAUGCGCGGGGGGGUUGACUGAAUAAUGAAGUCCGCUUCACCUGCGACCAUGUCAUCACUCCCCCAAUACCCACUUUUUUUUUCUUUUUGCGAGAGACUGAAGUUUACUUUUCACAAACGAUCACUGUUGUUGCUCAAAGUCAUACUUUUUUGCAGAUUUACAUUUUUCUUCUACUUUUUUAAAGGAAAAUCCCCCUCAGACAGUUGAUUUUUAUCUCACAAAAUUAGAGCUGCUUGCUUGUAAAAUCUUCAAAUUUUCAACGUAAUUCUCCCCCUAAACCUUUCUUGUGAAAUUUAGACUUACAGUACAUUUUUUUUCAACUUUUUUUUUUUUUUUCUUUCUUGCAAAGCAUUUUGCUCGUCAACCAUCUCUGUCCGGACUGUUUUGACAGAAUAUUUUUGGCUCUAUGUGUUCAUGCAUGUGUUUGUUUUUGUAAUGAAAGUGAAGUGAUGUCCUAUUUCAUGUUUUUACAAUACAAUUUGUAUGCGACUCUCCUGGGCGUUUAGAAUCAUCUGAGCCUACGCUGGACACUGUAUUUACUGUGUAUAUUAUUCAAGACAAUCACACACAUCGGCACUGUGACUGUAAUUCUAUUUUGGACCCAAAUAUGAAAUGUAUGUUUUCACUUGGAGGGCCUUCGAAAUGAUGUUUGUCCCAGCAUUUUGUUUGUUUGCUGCUUCUGUGUUGCACAUGCUUGCGUCUUAUUGUACAUCAUUGGAAGGAUUUGCUUUUAUUGCUGUUGUGAAUCAUGUUUAGAAGGUAAAAAAAAAAAAAACAACGUGAUAAAUCGCUGCAAUUUUAGCAGAUAUUUAAAGUCAACUUUGACUAAUAAAAUAGUACGUCAUGUA